GGUCCUCCAACAGUUUCCGGUUCGUCACUGCGAAGUUCUUUCUGUACUUCCGUUGAGUGUCCACAUCGCUGAAGUCAUGCCUCUCGCAGAGGAUCUGUUGAACCCCAGCCCCGAGGUGGAAAAGAGGAGACACAAGAAGAAACGUCUUGUGCAGAGUCCUAAUUCAUAUUUUAUGGAUGUCAAAUGUCCAGGCUGCUACAAGAUCACCACAGUGUUCAGCCACGCUCAGACGGUGGUGCUGUGCGUCGGCUGUUCCACGGUCCUCUGCCAGCCCACGGGAGGGAAAGCUCGUCUGACAGAAGGCUGUUCAUUCAGGAGGAAACAGCACUAGUCGGACACCAUUGAGGAGGAGUAUGAUGAAAACUUGCUGGACUUCAAGUAUCACUGCCACGGAGCUGAUGCAGCAAUCAGGGAAUGGAGAGCGGGAAUACAAAUCAUUUCUAUUGACAGAAAUGUUUGGUCUUGUUUUGACCGCAUUACUACCACACAUCCAUUAAAUCUUACCGCUUAAUAAAUUUAGGGUUGGUUGUUUUUUUGGAUAAAAUAAUCCUGCACGUUUGUCAUCCAUUUUUUUGUAUUUAUCUCUUGAUGGCGCUUAAAUUGUCUGGUGAAGAUCAGGCCUCAAAGCUUCACUCUGCACAGCUGAAUAUCUGUGUGUUGGAGCUGGUAACAAAUCCUGACACUCACACAUACAUAUACCAAGUCACGGUGAAGUGAACAUUUCAGAUAAAGAAUGAUUUUAUCAGUGCCUGCUUCAAAGUCAGUGGUGAGGGUUCAGCGCAGGGUGUCCUGCUCUCGGUCUGAUCGAGGGUGGAUUCAGGGAAAGUCAAUGGUGGCAUUUCCUGUUUUUCCUGCUGCUUGUAAAACAGUGAUGUGACACUACAUGACAUCACAAUGAACAUCCAUCAUGGCUGUGAAUUUCCAUGUGCUUGCGAGCUUCCUGUGAAAAUGACAAUGCAGAAUAUAUUCUGGUGGAGUUGGGGAAGAGUGGGAGUGGGAACAUGUAGAGGAAUCACACUAGUUUAAAGAUUUGUGACCCACAGUUUUUACCUUCAGCUUUUGUUUGAGGUGAUGAGCGUGUUCGCUCUCUGAUGGCAAUGAGUUGUACACUGAAUAAAGACAUCAGAAGAGGGAAUGAUUCAAUGACAACUUUCUUGUUGCUAUAGUGAUAUUUUUCUGUGUGUUGCAUACAUAUUUGACACAGAUUGCAAAUAAAAUCAUGGGAAACUGA